GCUUCCCCUUUCCCUCCUCUUCUCCUCUCCUCAUCCUCCCAUUCUCCAUCCCCUUCACACAGUUUCCCUCACCGUGAUAGAACCAUGACCGAAACCAUCCGCCCCGCCUUCACCGACCGACCCCGGCCACUCCUCUCCUACGGCAUUCCCUUCCCCGAUGCCGCCGCCCACCAUGUGGACGAUCUCUUCCAUGCAUCGCGCGUCCACAUCAUCUGCUCGGGGUCGCUAGCACGCAACACGGACGCUCUAGACCGACUCACGACCGCGCUGGGCCCGGAGAAGGUGGUGGGCACGCGCAUCGGGAUGCAAAGCCACACGCUGUGGUCCGAGGUGCUGGAGAUUGUGCACGAAGCAAAAGCCGCAGAGGUCGAUCUGCUGAUUACCCUGGGCGGGGGCAGUUUGACGGAUGCAGCGAAAGUUGUUGCCUUGGCCCUCUCCAACAACGCCCUGACUUCCCAAGCCCUCUCCACCCUGUCCACCACACCCCCAUCCCCUAACCCGAGCAUCCACCCCCCAACAAUCCCCAUCCUCUCCAUCCCCACCUCCCUCAGCGCGGGUGAAUACUCCCCCUUUGCCGGUGCCACCGACGACACCUCCCCGACCUCCGCACCCCAUAAACACUCCUUCCAGUCUCCGACGCGCGGACCCGAACUCAUCAUCCUCGAUCCAGCCCUAACCCACACUACGCCGGCCCGGAUCUGGCUCAGUACGGGUAUCCGGGCGGUUGAUCACUGCGUGGAGACGUAUUGCGCGGUGAAAGGGAUGACCUCUGAGACGGAUCAAUUGGCCUUGCAUGCGUUGGGGUUGUUGGUUCCGGGGUUGCUGAGAUGUAAAUUGGAUGGAGAGGGAGAGGCAGGGUUAGGGGCGAGAUUGGAUUGUGCCCUGGGCUCGGUGGAUGCUAUGGCUGCUUGUUCGAAGGGGACAGUACAGCUGGGGGCGAGUCAUGGGGUUGGACAUCAGCUCGGCCCCCUCGGCGUCCCCCACGGUGAAACAUCCUGUAUCCUCCUCCCCUCUGUAUGCAAAUACAAUGCCAAACACCGCGCCAACAACGAGCGCCAGGAUAGGUUGCGCGAGUUCUUACUACGGCAGGAGGGUGUGACGGCGGUGGUGCGGAAGUGGCAUCCCGAGAAGAAUAAUACAGAAGGGGUGGAAAAGGCAGACCUAGGCGACGUCCUCGAUGCCAUCAUCCGGGAACUAGGGCUACCGCGAACAUUAAAAGAAGUGGGGGUGGGACGUAACAACCUCGAUGGCCUGGCGGAGAAUAGUCUUUUGGAUCGAUGGUGUCGGUCAAAUCCGGUGCCGUUGGUUGAGAAGGAGCAGGUGUUGGAGAUUUUGGAGAUGGUGGUGGAAUAAGUAUUCCCCCCGCCUGUUUCUUCCCUCGAUCUCUCUCUUCUAUGUAAAGUGGAGUUCAGCUGUAAAGAUGGAA